ACUUCAUCGGUAGUUAUUCAUCCAUGUUUAAGUCCAGUUGUCUUUUCCUGCCUAGUUUUGUGGGUCAAAAACGUAAAUAAGCUUUUUCUGAAAAUAGCACAUCACGGCAAGCUGCACUAGUACGACAUAUGUUACACCGUGGGAGUAAAAAGUGCAUAUCACUGUCAUUUAAACACCAACUCCCACUGUUCAUUGCGCGCGUGUUCAUGUCCUCCUCAGCGGCCAUGGCAACCAGAGGCUCCCUGGGAACCUGAGUUUCCUCUCCCGUCUCCCAUUUUUCCACAGGUUUCGCGAGAUUUUCAUAAGCGGGCGGUGUGUGGCAACAUUUCUCUGCCAGACGAACUGAACAAUACUGAAAUGAAAACGGCGUAAAGGUAACAUGAAUAUGUUGAAAAGUCAGAAUAUAAGGCUGUUACACCCAGUCGUUUCUUGUGUCUGUUGCCUGCCUUGGGGAGCACCGGAGAGCGGGUGUAGCUAAACGCCUCCGGUUCACUGACAGUAACGUUAACAUCUGCAUUGAGGUAGAGCGAGGGGAGACGAGCAUUACUGAUAACCUACAACGUGAGGUGGAGGUGUGCUGGAUUGAGUCCAGGACAGGUGACAUACGGCAUGACAUCUUGCGAAUUUUAUCGGCCUACCCUAAUCCUGUUGUGUAUGCAUGCUGCGAAUGAAUAAUGUGUUUUAAAUAUGACGCUUCAUACUGCAUUUACACAGAAAUUUCUUACGUUUUCUCUCAUGUAGUUUUGACGUGGUCGUGAAUUGGUUAAACUGAAGCCAAAUGUGUGCAUUAUUUACAAGAUAAGACAAGUAGACAGUCUCGUUUGAGUGACCUCCAUAGCUGUGUAGUCAGAGGAAAUACCCAGGAAGUUAUUUCAUCAUACUAACCUAUUGGCUGUUGAAGUUGUCAGUCUUCGCUGAGCAAGUUGCAGCCUGUCACGGGUCUGCAAGAACAGGCCAGCCCCCUCAGCUGUAGUAGAGGCCUUCCUUAUGCAGGACUGUGCAUUACAUGUGAAGUUUGGCAGCUGUCAUAUUGGCUCACAUUAUAACUGAACAUGUCCCUUUUCUUUUUCUGAAUCAGUAGCCUUUGAAUUUCAGGAGGCAUGUCCAAGAAAAGGGGCAGGUACGUAGAAACAAAGCUAACUAUGCCAUGCCACCCCAUGUUUAAUGUAGUUUAAAAGUUUAAUGUAAUAGCAGUGUUGCAUCAAAUUGCUUUGCUAUGCAUUACAUUACAAUGUUGUUUUGGUUAAAAAUAAACUAAAAAAAAAAAACUGAUACAAAAGUGGCCAAAGCAGAUGUCAGGGUCUGGGUUUAACUCAUAGACUGUAUAUACUAUGGACAACUUGGUUCGGCCUCCCGCUAGUUUAUGGAUUUGAAGCCAAAAAGCUCUCGGUAUUUCCGCAAUUUUACUUCAUUUCCUGAAACCAGCAUUGUGCAGUAGCGUUGUACGCAUUCGGCGGGGGAGCCGCCGAGAGUCGCUGUGAUGAUGCUUGGCUCAUCAGCGUAUCCCCUGGGUGAGCUUCACAAUCCCUGAACGCCAGUAGGCUGUAUCAGGUGUCAAUCAUAGAAAACAGGAACCCCCUACUAACUCAGUAUUUGCCAUCAUGACAGAAAGCCAUCUCAACACUAGUGUCUAAUCAGAACUGAAAACAAUCAGCGACCGCGGUACAGUUUCAGCUCCCGACCCAAGCAGUGAAACUCACCAACUUCUCUUCUUUUUUGUAAUAUUGGAUGCACCCAUGUGCUAUGUUUCUUUUUCUCUUGAGAAAGCAAAAGGAGCACCAAUUCGCCAUCACUUGAAGCUGAGGUAGACUCCAUUUUUGUCCUCUCACUUCCACCUGGGACGCUGUGGGUUGUUAAGGGAAGGUCCCGUCCUCCUGAUUGGCUAUAAGUGCUGACCGUUUGGCUUGGGCGUGUGAUGACGUUUCCAGCUUUUCUAGCCAAUCAGAGGCGAAGGAGGCGGGACUGUCCCCCGGAAAAUUCUUCCCCAGGAUGCGUCUUUUUCCACCCGUAAAGUCGCAAAAUCGCAUCGGUCUUGAUGUGUAUAGUCAGGCGUGUCAAAAUUCGCCUCUGAAUAUUCCGUGAUUUUGCGUUCUAUAUUUGUGUCGGCCCCGGUGUGUAACGAGCUUUACAAUAUCUACAUGUCAACACCGCAAGCAGGGGGGCUAAAUUUUAAUAAUCUGUGUAAUAAAUUUAUAAAGUUUGUCCACAGCUCCAAAAGCUUUGCUGGCGGAGACGGGAUUUAUGACCUAUACUGCAGCCUGUCAACAGAGGGUGCUGUUCUUGGGGUGGCUUCACCCAGUGAGGAGGCGGACGCUGUCCAUUCUAUAUACAGUCUAUGGUUUUAACUAUUGACAGAACUAUACCUGGAAAACAAGCUAUUAUUAAACUGAAGUUACACAGCUGCAUAAAGAUAGUUAAAGAAGUUGAGAAAUAUUCAUUAGAUGUCUCUAAAAUGUACAAAUGUGAUCAAACCCUGAAAAGUUUUAAAGAUUUUGUGUUUGUGUAGGUGCUUUCCAAUGUACGCCUUAUUAUAAACCUUCACUUCUGACACUAAUACCUAAUUAUUCAUUCGCCUUUGCAGAAAGCGGAGUAGUGGGGAGCUGAGUGACACAUUGACACCGGAUCCUAACUGCAUUUUGGGAGUUCGCAUACAGCACAACUGGCGUGAAAAGGGAAAUCAGAGCAAAUGGAAGGGAACAGUCUUGGACAGGCUUAGUGUGAAUCCGUCUUUAUUUAUGGUGAAGUACGACGGCUUUGACUGCGUCUACGGCAUCGAGUUGUUUAAGGAUGACAGGGUGUCGAACCUACAAGUUCUGACAGAAAAAGUUGGUGAGUUAGUUACUGUGGUUUCUAAUCAGCAUUCAAAUCAUAGAGGUUCUUUGCACAUUUUGCAAUGUUGCUAUUAUAGAUGACCACAUUGAUCACUCUUACCUGUGUCUCAACAGUAAAUAACAAGAUUAAGAUUCCUCCUGGGGCAGAGGAGCUGGUGGGAAAAGCUGUGGAGCAUUUGUUUGAAAAGGAGGAUGGAGAGAAGAAUGAAUGGAGAGGUAUGGUCCUCUCGAGGGCUCCAGUAAUGACCAACUGGUAUUACAUCACUUAUGAAAAGGACCCCGUUCUUUAUAUGUAUCAGCUGUGGGACGACUACGCUGAUGGAGACCUCAGAAUUCUGCCUGAAGCAGGUAAUGACAAUUUCAACGUUGAAAAAGAAUAGGCCAAUUCAUCACAAAAUCUUCGGAUAUCUUAUCCUUUGAGUUUAUGGAUAAAAGCCAUAAAGAGCACUCUGUCUAUGCCUUGAAUUGGUUUUCCACUUUGGAAAGAUCAUAAUUUGGAAAUUAUGUUCAUCAUGGAUACCAUGUGAGUUCAUCAUGAGUCACUGUGGAUCUUUGAGUCUGUAUUCCCACAAUGAUCAUCAGAAAACAGGCAAAAUUGCAUAAUUGAAAGAAAGAACUUGUUGAACCCCAGUUUGAGGACACUUUGACCCAAAGUCAGAAUUUACUACAACUUUGAUGUUUUGUGUUCAAUAAUUGCUAUUUUACAUUUUACAUAUAAGACAUUAAUACUAGACAUCAAAGUAUAUGAUUUAUCUUAUGAACCGCCCAGAUUUAGAAACAUGAGUUUUGUCAAAAUUGUCCAAACUAUUACUUUAAAAAAAAUUAGACUCAAGUAUAUUAAAAGGUUUGUGACCCUAAUUUUUGUUAGAUUACAAAGUGGCUUCAAUGGACCUUUGAAAAAUGUGAUUGUCAGUCUUUGAUGGGAUCAGUAGAUAAUCCAUAAUCCAAUCCAGAAGUGCUGUACCAAGCUUGACCUGUUUCUAUUUUAAAGUUUAAAUAAUGCCUCCAUUUAACCGUUACUCAAUGCAUUCUGAAGUGAUUUAUUAUGUGAAACUUUCUGUAAUCUGUUUAUAAAAGUUAGGCUGUAUUUGUAUUUUAAAAAGCACGAGGGACCAUUGAAAAUCAAGAGCGGUGCUUUUGGCAUGCAUUUAAUCUCGCUCAUGUGGGAGAUGAUCUCAAAGUGGUACUGUAUUUUAUGAGGAGUUUCCAUGUCCCACUAAAAGAAAGCAGGAGUUUCCUUCAAGAGACAUUUGUAGUUCUAAAAAAAAACCACGUUAACUGAUAUCAAUCAAUCAAAUUAAUCAAAUUUUUUUAAUAUAACGCCAAUUCACAACAGUCGUCAUCCCAAGACACUUUCCAUAGAAAAAGAGCAGGUCUAGACCACGCUCAUUGUUUGAUGAAUUAUCAAGACCCAACCUAAGAUGGGAUUUGGCCCAUCUCAUCUAACAUGAGUGACAGUGGCAAGGAAAAACUACCUUUUAACAGGCAGAAACCUUGGGAAGGACCAGACUGACUGAUAUCAGUGGUUUUGUCAAACACCCGUUUGUGGAGUAUUGUUUUUUUGGACAUGGAUGUGAUAUUGCUUUUAAUAACGCGCUGUUGAUUUCUUAACAAAAGACUUCAAAAUGUUUAACAAAGCAUUAAAUUACAUUCAGAUAGAAACUAAGGAGGAUACUUAGGUUUGUUGAAACUCAUCUGAUGUAGUCUAUAAAAGCUCUUGUAAGAAAUGAAAAUUAAACAGAAUCUGAUAAAAAUGUAAUGUAAUGGUUUUGAUGUUUUCUCUCCUCCCUCAGAGAAUAAGCACUUGCUGCCUGCAGACAGAAAACCAGGCGAAGAAACGGAGAGCCUGGUGGGAAAACAAGUAGAGUAUGUUACCGACAAGGGUGUCAAGAGAACGGGCCUGGUGAUCUACCAGGUCCCAGCCAAGCCCUCUGUCUACUACAUCAAAUAUGAUGAUGACUUUCAUAUUCACGUCUACGACCUGGUCAAAACCACCUAGAGAUAAUGGACAUUCUAUCUCACUCUCCAGCCUCCGUCCCUGUGCUUCUGUUUCGUUCAUUGUUAUAAUCUUGAUAUUCAGAGCCAUGCCUGGGUUGUUUAGUUAAUAUGCUUUAUUGUUCAAAAGAAAGUGCAAUCUGCUUUACAUAGGCACAGCAGAACUGUAGCACAGCUAUGCUUGGCUAUUCCCAAUGGAGGGAUUCACUUGUUUUAAUUGUUGCUGCUCUUAUUUUGUGCUUCGGACAGUCAAAAGAUUGCACUGCCCAACAGCUGCAAGAUGCAGUUGUAACUGCAUUUGCAUUGUUGUCCCUGAGAUACUUCUUGAUCUGUCCUUUAAGUAUUUAUUCUAAUAAAAAUCCCUGUAUGACCAAAAAAAAGCUCAAAAUAUCCUUUUGAAGAAACUUCUUUUUUCUGGUUAUCAUCGAAGUAACUCAAAGGCUAAGCUCACAUGUAUAUAGGUAUCUUAAAUGGUAAUGGUUGGGGUAUUUAAUGGAAUUUGCUUUAAAAUGGUUUUAAACACAUUUGCUGCAGUAGAUUAAAUCAUUUCAAGCAUGCAAAGUGAGCCAAAAUUGAGUAGUAAGUCAUUUUUCUUUGGCUGUCCAUCAUGGUUACUUAAAACUACCUGUAGUUACUAUAGUUCACUUAUUUGACAUGUUGCUAGGAGAUCCAGCAGCAAAACCAAACAUUAACAAACUGGUUUACUGUAUUUGUGGAUGUCUGAUGUGCAUUUUUGUACCCAAAGCAAAAAUGUGCUUGUGAUGAUGUACUAUUUGUUGUCUCUUUAAAGCUAUUUUUGCCAAUGAACUUCCAAAAACCUUAAAUGAAUGAGUUUCCCACAAAUCCACAUUUUGUCCCUCAAGACUAACCAAAACCCCUUUGAAUAUGCUGUCGUAAAAACACCCCUAUAUGUGUAAACUUGGCCUUUCUUUGAAAUGUUCUCACACAUUUUAUUUUUGAUGAAUGUCUUCUUCUGAGGCAUUUAUUCACUUAGCUUGGACAAAUGAUCAUGUGUACUGUAUUAUUCUAAUCACAAAUUAGUGUUACUGACUUUUCUAGAGAGGAAAUGUACUGCUGCACCUUUGAACCACGCCUUGCAUCACGUUAGAUCAGAUCCCUUUUUUUUUUUGGUGACAAAUACGCACUUUGUUAAAUUCCAGUCCAAAAAUUUGAUCCCACUAACAUCAUCAAGUGCCUUCUGGCUUGCUAUGUUGCAAUACUGUACGUACUGCAUCUCCAAACAGCUUCACCCUUCAUGAAGCUGUCGUGUUGAAAGGCUGCAAUUCUCAUUCAGGUGGCGAUGACAGCUUGAGAAAAGUUUCGCAAUCAUCAGUUUGUAUUAGUGCCGCAUUUUCCUCCUUAGCUGUAGGGAAAUGAUCUUUAAAUAUAAUACGCAUUAUCAUUGGUUCUAUGAUCCCACUGUUGAUACUGUGGGGAGCACUUUAUCGCAUUUAGUUCACAUGUUUAGGUUAUGGCACACAACGUCGCUUCUUUUCAUGAGAGCAAGUGUGGCAGAAUAAAUGCCAUGUGGUACAUGCAUAAAGAAUGAAAGACCAAAAAAAGAAAAAAAUGACACUAUAAUAAAUGUACAAUUUGUGUAUUAAUGCCAUGUAAUGUUGUCUGUUGUGAAUACGCUCAUGUAUAGGGAUAUCUCAUGCAAAUACCACCAGCAUCUAAUGAAAGGGUCAUUAAUAUACAUAAACUGAAUAUUUAAAAGGUAUACUCAACUGACAAACUAGUGCGUUCACAGUAUCUAACGCACCCUGGUUUCAGUCUUUAUAACUCUGUCUUGCAAAAGUAUGCUUGUAGUGUGUAUUCCAUCCCAAGCUUUGUCAUUUUCACAGAUUUGGCCUCUUCUUCAGGUUAUAUGACAAAUCUUUCAGUAGGCUUGCUUAUCAGUAAAGUUACUGUUGUUUUUAUUUUUCGCAUUCAAAACUCUGCAUCUGUCAUCAGCAGAGCGCCUGAAGAUUUCAAAAAACCUUAAAUUUGAUAGUCGUGACAGUGUGUGGCAAAACAAGUGCUGUUUGUCAAACUCGUAUCAAGUAGGGGGGAAAAAAGGAUUAAAACUUCACAUCACCGUUACUGGUGCUGUUAGAGUGCUUCGAUGUUGUACAAAGGGGAGUUUCAACUGACUUUACGCGCACUUCUUAAUUCUUUCGGUCAUCUCUGAUUCAGAAGUUGUAGCGACAUCAACAGAGCAUUAGUGUUAUUAUUCUGUCAGAAGAAAUAAAGAGUUUUGCACAUUUGUGUGGUCUUGAUUGAUGAUUCAUGUAUUAUUUAGUCACAAAUGGAGAAACUACGUAUGUACAAGAGACAUUCUCUUCAUAACAUCCAGCUGGUUGAAAGAAUAGGGAAGUAAAAUAAAUGUGUUAAAAAUUGAAAAAUUAAAUUUGGUAUUCUACACAAUAUGAAACAACUUAUCCCAAAAUGCAUUCUUGCAUUAUGUACAACACCUGAUAAAUGCCACUGCCAUUUAUAGAACCACAGUACCAUUUCAGAGGAGUACACUCCUCUGAGCCAAAUUUCACAACAUCUUUACAUUUAGUGAUUUUCGUUCAUGCUGUUUCUUCUUUCCAGUGAGGGGCUAUGACUUUUGAAGAAGUACUGACAUAUAUAUCAAGUGCAAAACUCAGAAGAUUGAUAAAUAUCAGGCUGUCCAGAAAGUUCCUGCUCAUUUAGUGAGGUCUUUAAUGUACUGCAAUCCCUGACUUGUGUAGUCACUGGCUUUAGUUGGGGCUUCUGAAAGACUUGAAAUGGUCCACCGCACUCC